AUGUCGGCCCACCAGGGUAUUCGACUAGGCUUUGUUCGUAAGCCAAAUAGAGUCGUAUCUCCAACAAAAAUCAAAAUCGUUCAUGUUCAAGCAAAAUCCAGUGCACCAGUGCCAGGUUUAUCACGCGUCAGUCCCUCAGCACACUUAACCAAUUCGGCUGCUGUUAAUUCGAACUCAACGAGCGAAUUAUUGAGAGAUCAAGAAAAUCAAUUGAACCACUCAUCGUCUUUUUCACGAAUUGCACCUGAGACUGAUCCCCUCAAGACUAAGACAGAAAUGCCGAAAGAAAAUUUAGCCAAUACUAAAAAGCAAUUUCCAUUAACAUUGGGAAGCACUCUUGGUAUCAUCGCUGGUAUACUUGGUUUGGCAGCAGUGGCGAUGAGUACCUACGUUCUUGUGACCAAUUCAAUGACAACAAUCGCGACUACAUCAUCAAGUGAGAGUCCAUAUGACUAUUAUUGGCUUAAAAAGAAUGCCAAUAUUUACAUUUUGUUCGUUCUAGCUACGAUGAUGACAUUACGUUGGAAUUCUACAGCUAUUACCGUAGCAGGCGUUGGUACUAUUGGUGUAUCUGCCAAUCAAUUCAAUUAUCCUUUCGGCAUGGUAUUAGAUUCAACCAAUGCACUCUAUAUAUCCGAUCUGAACAAUAGCAGAGUUCAGCUAUGGUCAAACAAUGCCUGGACUGGUACUACAGUAGCAGGUCAAGCCAAUGGAACCAGCGGAACAGGUUCCUCUUUCUUGAACAAAGCCGCUGGUUUUGCUAUGGAUGCAAGUGGUAAUAUCUAUGUCACAGAUAUGUAUAAUUCUCGCAUUCAAUAUUGGCCAAGUGGAGCAUCUACAGGCGUGACGGUGAUCGGCAAUGGUAGUUGCGGAAAUUUAACAAAUCAACUAUGCUACCCAUACAAUGUUAUUCGUGACUCGAUUACUGGAAAUAUUUACGUAGCUGAUACAGUUAAUCAGCGUGUUGUUCGUUAUCUGCCAGGAGCAUCGUCUGGUACAGUCGUUGCUGGUGGAAAUGGCCAGGGAUCCAAUAAUUAUCAAUUGAAUUAUCCCACCGGUCUUUAUUAUGACAAUUCAACAAAUAGUUUGGUGAUUGCUAAUGCCGGAGGGAAUAACAUUAUUCGUUGGGUAAUAGGUGCCAGUAACUGGACGUUAUUAGCUGGAAGUCCGAAUGGAACGAUCGGCAGUACAUCGACUUUACUUUAUUAUCCGGUUUGUGUCACAUUCGAUCUAUAUGGCAACAUGUAUGUAGCUGAUACUUAUAAUCAUCGCAUUCAAUUUUUUGCUUCCGGAUCACAAACUGGCACAACUAUUGCUGGAGUUGUAGGCGUGCAAGGAAGUAAUAGUACUCUACUUAAAUUUCCAUAUACAUUGAUUCUCGACAGCAACCUUAAUAUAUAUGUAGCAGACAGUGCCAAUCAACGAAUUCAAAAAUUUUUACGCUACUAA